AUGAUGAAGUUUCCGACUAUUACGGCUGCCAUUCUUUCGUCUGCCUUCCUAGCAAGCCCAGGUGUCAUAGCAGAUACAUUGAAAUAUAAUCGCGAGUAUGACUACGCUCAAAAUACUGCACUCACCUUAUUUUCCUGCUCAGACGGUGCCAAUGGCCUCAUGACAAGAUAUGGCGUAAACAACCUCCAACAACUCCGCAACAAGUUACAACCAAAUACAUAUGUCGGUGCCUCGUCUGCUGUUGCAAAGUGGAACGAUCCAAACUGCGGGAAAUGCUUUAGAGCAACGAACCCCAGCAAUAAUAAGUCAUUAAGCUUCGUGGUUAUCGAGCAAAACUCAGCUGUUGUCACUGGUGAAGAGGGAUUUUGUCUUCUUUCUCCCUCUGGAACGACCUCAGAGGGGACGCUUACGGUGGAUAUCGCAGAGCUGCCAUCUCAGAGUUGCUGGAAAUGA